CGGCAUUCUGAGAAUUUCGGAUAAAGAUGAUCAUAUGUGACGAUGACUCACUUUCUUUAUUUGAUUUAUGAUUGAGGACCCAAAAAUCUCUGAUUUUGUUGAAUCAGGACAUUCUAAGUUGACCUAUAUGUAUAUAUAAAAUCAAAAAGUCGCUAAUUAAUUGGCUCUCAGAUAGAACUCCGAAGCUCAUUAAACCCAUCCUAUUCCAAGUGCUUUUCUUUUCAUCUGUACGCCAAGAUCAAUGACCAUCCUCGUUCACCAAGUUGAUGAACAUGGCAUGUGUAUUCAGGAGAAAGGAGUGGUUGUGCCUGAUGAGCUAAAGAAAGUGGAAAGUGGUGGCUUUGUCAUGCCUGACAGCAAUGCUUUUGGCAACACAUUCAGGGAUUAUAGUGCAGAUACAGCAAGAAAGGAGAUCGUUGAGGGGCUCUAUCGUCAAAGCCACAUUAGCCAAACAUAUGAUUUUGUGAAGAAGAUGAGGGAAAAGUAUGGAAAGUUGGAUCGGGUGGAGAUGAGCAUAUGGGAAUGUUGCGAACUAUUAAAUGAGGUUGUGGAUGAUAGUGAUCCUGAUCUCGAUGAACCCCAGAUUGAGCAUUUGUUGCAAACUGCUGAAGCCAUAAGGAAAGACUACCCUAAUGAAGAUUGGCUCCAUUUGACUGCACUUAUCCAUGAUCUUGGUAAAGUUCUGCUGCUACCAAGCUUCGGGGAGCUCCCUCAAUGGGCGGUUGUAGGCGACACCUUUCCUCUUGGCUGCGCAUUUGAUGACACAAAUGUUCAUCCUGAGUUCUUCAAGCAGAACCCUGAUUAUGAUAAUCCCGCGUACAACACUAAGUAUGGGGUUUAUUCUGAAGGAUGUGGGCUGGAUAAUGUGUUGAUGUCUUGGGGACAUGAUGACUACAUGUACCUGGUGGCUAAAAAUAACAAGACUACUCUACCAAAUGCAGGGCUGUUUAUUAUCAGAUACCACUCCUUUUAUCCUCUGCACAAGUCAGGAGCAUAUACUCACCUGAUGAAUGAGGAGGAUCGGGAGAAUCUGAAAUGGCUCAAAAUAUUCAACCAAUAUGAUCUGUACAGCAAGAGCAAAGUCAGGAUUGAUGUGGAAAAAGUGAAGCCAUACUAUGAGUCUCUCAUUAAGAAGUACUUCCCAGAAAAGCUCAAAUGGUGAAAUUCUGGAGUUGGAAAUUAUCAACUGGCUUAUAUGUAUACAUUUAAAAAAAUGGAUUUCAUUGCUGUGUUUUAUUUUGUUUGUUUAUAAUGGUAAUAAUUCAGUGGAACCCAAUGGGGAGUUUUCUACUUCUGGCGCGUAUUAAAAAAAAUACGCAAUGGAACUAUCAUAUCAGAAAAUAUGUUUUAAUAUUAAUAAUUGUUUUUGUUUUGGUAAUGUAUGAAUGUUUGACAUGCUCCCUUUUAACAUUUGAUAUUUAAGAUGUCGUGCAUUGUCCUCUAUAAUAUACCGCGCACCUUGAAUAUACUAGUACACACUUACAAUUAACAACAACAACAUCCAAGGCUUAGUCCCAAAAGGUUAUGAAGUCAGCUAAUUAGUAUACACUUAUGUCCUCUAAAUUCUAUCAUCAACCCAGUUUAAAUCCUUGAACUAGGCCUAUAUUCAAUAUUUUGGCACUUAGGAAGUUCAUAUUCUGACCUUAGGAACAAUGCCACCUAACAAACAAAACAAAAUUGUUGCUCCUAUGAAUCAAAAGUUGAUUUCUUAUUCUAUAUGCAGAAAGACAGCUGACUUUAAAGGAUCAAGAAUAAUCAGUAUAUACGCUUUAUAACAACCCGAAACAUAUUUAACAAUCCGUAUAUCACCAUCACAUUUGAAUCCAUCCAUCCGCUGUUCAUUGUUCUUUGCAGCUAUAAACAGAAGGCGAUACAUCCAAUGAAUGCUGUUUGGAUUUUUUUUAACAAGCCAUCACCCAUCAGGGUGAACUCUCCUCCAUCAACCUUGUUCAGUUUAUAGAAAACCUUCUUCAUAAGAAAAUUUUCCUAUUAAAUUCCUCAUUUUCCAUUAUCAAUGAUGUGAUGUAUAUGUUCAGCAACAACCCCAGCCACAAUGUCAGGAGAGAACUUGCUGAUCAUAUCAUCCCUAGCCCGCUUCCCUUUGACUUGGGCUUCCUCAUAGUUGACCACUACAUGCCUCAUUAGCAUCCUCAGCUUAUCAACAGAUGGCUCGGCCCACAAGUUCCCCUUAAAUGGCCCUUCUCUAACUUCGCUGAACUCGUCAAUGGAUAACGGGUAACUAUUUGAUUCGGUCAUAUACUCUGUUGGGCCUGACCAAUUUGUGGCUAUCACAGGCAGCGACAUUGCCAUGGCCUCAACAAUGGGCCUUCCCCAACCCUCUCCUCUGGAAGGCAAGACGAACGCAUUCGCGGCCUUGUAAAGCCGCGGCAGAUCAACCUGAGGUAUAUGGUCAUCAAUCACAUAUAUCGGGGCCCACCCACGGACCGGUUCUUUCAACCCAGCCGUCUCCACAACAUACUCAACAAUCUUGUUCCCAAAAUCUCUAUUUGAGUGAUAGGGAUUAGUCAACAAAAACAAAGCAAUGCCUUCCUCUUUGUCGAAUUCUCUCAAAUACGAACUCAACAGCACAUCCCAUCCCUUUCUAUGCUCCCAUUUGAAAACGCUUAAGAAAACAAAGGAUUUCCCCAAAUCCUCAUUGUUCCCUAACACUAAAGUGCCCAUUGCAUGAAUAUCAAGAGGUUCAUACUUGGCCGGAUUGAAAAACUCCAAAUCAACUGCCUGGACAACCUUAAUAACCUUGAAAGGGUCUACCCCACUCUGGGUAAAUGUCUCGACAUGAAAAUCAGUAGGAACCCAAACAUAAUCCAUAUUGUUACACCGUUGGACAUGAUCAGGAGUUACCUGAUCGGUUUCAAACAUGGUUCUCCCAAUCACAGCCUUGAAGAUCCCAUAACCAAUUGGUGGGCAUGGGAGGGUCUCAAACAAAGGAGGGUUCCAAGCUCCAGGCUCACUAUGACAGAUCACUAUUGUUUCAUUCAAUCUACAUUGAGUUUGAUGGAGCUCGAUAGCUAAGUUUCUCAUCUCCGGUGAUAAACCUUCCCAGAACUCUACGCUUUCAAGAUCUCCGUGUUGCUCAAUGCUGACCCUAAAUUUUGGAUCUUUUUUGUGUUUAAGGUAUUGGUGUAAGGAUAGGAUGUAUGACCAAGAUUCUGAGCUGUACCCACCACCUGAUAAGAAAGGGGCCAUCCACAGUAGACAGUGAGGGGGUGCGGGAUUGGGGUUUGAUAGAGUCUGAUUUAGAACUCGCUUGGGGUUUGGGUGUAGAAUAUUUUGGAGCUUUUGUAAAAUGUUGUUGGGUCGGGAGAAGAGGUGGACAUGAUUGUAGCGGAUUGAUAGGACAACCCCGUAUGAAAUUGCUGAGAUGAGCACCAAGAAGGAGAAUAAGGUGAAGAGCUUUGGGGUGGACGAUGAUGGCGGCGACCGGCGAUGCUGCUCUUGAUUUUCAGGCGAUUCCAUCUGCAACCCGCGGCGGACUCGUUUUAAAAACUACUGUACUCCCGUAGUCUGUCCGACCUUGGCUCGUGUAAUAAAAAAGAGGUGGAUAUAUAUAUACUUUUAGAUUUUAUCGAU